CGCGCCCCGGGGAGAACCCGAGCAAGAUGGAGGCCGCGCCGAGGCCGCCUCCUGGGCCGAGGCAGCAGCUGCUGGGAGCGCCGAGCCGGGGCGCCUAGGCCGUGCCAGUCCCGGACCCACUGCUCUGGACCGGGCCCAGCUCCCGCCUGUCAGCCCGGCAGCCCGGCAGCCCGGCGGUCGGUCCCGGGCCGGCGGCCCCCGCCAGCCGCCGUCGCCGCCGCCGGCCCCGCCCCCGGGCACCAUGCUGCCCUCGCAGGAGGCCUCCAAGCUCUACCACGAGCACUACAUGCGGAACUCGCGGGCCAUCGGUGUGCUAUGGGCCAUCUUCACCAUCUGCUUCGCCAUCAUCAACGUGGUGGUCUUCAUCCAGCCCUACUGGGUGGGCGACAGCGUGAGCACCCCCAAGCCUGGCUACUUCGGCCUCUUCCACUACUGUGUGGGCAGCGGGCUGGCGGGCCGCGAGCUCACCUGCCGAGGCUCGUUCACCGACUUCAGCACCAUCCCGUCCGGCGCCUUCAAGGCAGCCGCCUUCUUCGUGCUGCUCUCCAUGGUGCUGAUCCUCGGCUGUAUCACCUGCUUUGCGCUUUUCUUCUUCUGCAACACGGCCACGGUCUACAAGAUCUGCGCCUGGAUGCAGCUUUUGGCAGCUCUGUGCCUCGUGCUGGGCUGCAUGAUCUUUCCCGACGGCUGGGACGCCGAGACGAUCCGGGACAUGUGCGGGGCCAAGACCGGGAAGUACUCCCUGGGGGACUGUUCGGUGCGCUGGGCGUACAUCCUGGCCAUCAUCGGCAUCCUCAACGCCCUCAUCCUCUCCUUCCUCGCCUUCGUGCUGGGCAACCGGCAAACAGACCUGCUGCAGGAGGAACUCAAGCAGGAGAACAAAGAUUUUGUGGGCUCUACGGUAAGCUCCGUGUUGCGGCCAGGGGGUGAUGUCUCCGGAUGGGGAGUCCUCCCCUGUCCCGUCGCUCACUCACAGGGACCCUGAAGGCCAGGAUCACAGCCCAGGAAUUGACCUGU